CACCAUAAGUAUUUCAAACUAUAUAUAGCAAAAGAAACCCUAAACCUCCCCUCUCUCGCUAAAUCCUUUGCUGCGCUGUGAUUCAUUUCAUCUCACUCUGUUGAUUGUUUGAAUUGAGAGAGUGAGUAAUUGGAUCCUGUGAAGCCAUGGCUCUGGUUUUGCAUUCUACAGCAAACAAAAAUGCAAACAAGACACUUAUUGUGUCUGAGUUCAAUGGUGUAAAGGUCGAACUAGCUAAGGAUUUUCAGAUGGGUCUCACAAAUAAGACACCAGAAUUCAUCAAGAUGAAUCCCAUUGGAAAGAUUCCUGUUCUUGAAACAUCUGAUGGUCCGAUAUUUGAGAGCAAUGCUAUUGCACGCUAUGUGGCUCGGUUAAACCCCGACAACAACCUGUUUGGCUCUUCCUCUAUUGAAUACGGUCAAAUUGAGCAAUGGAUUGAUUUUUCUACUAAUGAGAUUGAUGCUCAUAUUGCAGCCUGGCUCUACCCCAGACUUGGUAUCCGUACGCAUCUUCCUCCGGCUGAGGAGGCUGCCAUUGCUUCUCUGAAGAGAGGCUUGACAGCUUUGAACACCCAUCUUGCAUCUAACACCUACUUGGUUGGACAUGGUGUCACUCUAGCUGAUAUCAUCUCAGUGUCUAUUCUGGCUAAUGGAAUCAAGGCAAUCUUGAUAAAGAGCUUCACCUCAGAGUUCCCACAUGUUGAGAGGUACUUUUGGACCUUGGUUAACCAGCCAAAGUUCAAGAAAGUGUUGGGUGACAUCGAACAAGCCAAAUCUGUUCCACCUGUUUCAACCAAGAAACACGGACAGCCCAAAGAAGCUGCGAAACCUAAGGCAGAACCAAAGAAGGAGGCCAAGAAAGAAGAACCCAAGGCUGUAGUGGAGGAAGAAGAAGCACCUAAGCCAAAGGCGAAAAAUCCUUUGGAUCUCUUACCUCCUAGUAAGAUGGUUCUUGAUGACUGGAAGAGACUCUACUCUAAUACGAAAACCAACUUCCGUGAGGUUGCUAUCAAAGGUUUCUGGGACAUGUACGACCCAGAAGGAUACUCCCUUUGGUUCUGUGACUACAAAUACAAUGAUGAAAACAUGGUAUCGUUUGUCACCAUGAACAAAGUGGGAGGUUUUCUUCAGCGUAUGGACUUGGCCCGGAAGUAUGCUUUUGGAAAGAUGUUGAUCAUUGGUGCAGAGCCUCCGUUUAAGGUGAAGGGUUUGUGGGUGUUCCGGGGGCGUGAGAUCCCUCAGUUUGUCAUGGAUGAGUGCUACGACAUGGAACUUUUCGAGUGGAGGAAGGUUGACAUCAGCGACGAGGCACAGAAGGAGCGCGUGAGCCAGAUGAUUGAAGAUGCUGAGCCAUUCGAGGGCGAGCCUUUGUUGGAUGCCAAGUGCUUCAAGUGAGGGAUCGAUACGAUAGGACUGUAAACAACUCACAACUCACUUUACAUCUCUGUACUUGUGUCUUUCCAGGCUCAGAAUUUUCUAUCCUUGGAUUUAAGGAAUGUUUUACUAUAUUUAGCGACUGCUUUCCAGUCUUGUAGCUUGUCUUUUUGAAACCUCGAGUUUGAUAUGACUUAUUUCAAUCAUUGUUGAUUUUAUUGAUGAUUUGGAAAUAUACUUUUCAUGCA